GAUGGAUGUUUCCCAUUCUGAUGAUGAUGUUUCUUCUGCUGAAAACCAAAGCAAAGUUGAUUAUAGUGAUGCUGAAAAUGUUGUCGAAGGAAAUGACGAAACACACUGUCACCAUAAGAUGAUCACUAGUUUGACAUGCGAUGACAUUAGAGGUCUAGAAUUUGGUAGUGAGGAGCAUGCUUUUAAAUUUUAUGAAGCGUAUGCUAAGAGCCAUGGAUUCGUCAUUAGAAAAAGCUGCGUUUGUCGAGAUCCUAAAGGUAACAUUAUGAGAUGUUUGCUUGUAUGCAAUAGGGCAGGUUUGCGUAGUACAGUCCACUUGGCAAGGGUGAAUAGAAAAAGAGAACAUCGACCUCUCACACGCACUAAUUGUCAAGCUCAGCUUAAGGUGCACUUAGAUUACAAAACAUCAAAGUGGAAAGUGUCAUCAUUUCAAGAGACUCAUAACCAUGCGUAGUGAGGCGGAUAAAGCUCAAGUGGAUAGUUUGCAUUCAUUUGGGGUUAGAACUUGUCACAUAAUGGGCUACUUGUUAGCUCCAAAGGGUGGGCAUGCUGGUAUUGGUUUUUCAAAAAGGGAUCUAUACAAUCACUUUCAAAUACUUAUCUGUGACCUUCAUUUUGCAGGUGCUUAACCUAUUUGUUUGCAAACUCACCUUCAAUCAAAAAAAGUUUUCAGCAAUUGUGUCAGCUUGGUUCUUACCUACCUAUUUUUCACAAUAUGCGUUGAAAGGGGGAGUACAGCCAGAACCAGUUCAAAAAAUACGUCGAAUCUAUCAAGAGAGAUUCACGGGGAAAGCAUGUGAUUUGCGAAAGAUAUUUAUUCCUAUUAAUGAUGACAAUAUUCAUUGGUACCUCCUUGUGGUUGACAUAAAUUCUAAAACACUUAAUGUGUUGGACUCGCUGCCAUCUCCUUCUAUAAGACUCAGUACAAGGCUGGAUGGUAAAAAACUGGUCAGAAUUGUGCAAAAAAUUGUAUAAUUACGAUUAUAAUCAAUUUUGAUUACAUUUGAGUUAUGUGGCACGUAGUAUAUCUAGAAGAAAUUUUGACAGACUCUUCAUUUUAUGACUCCUCCGACGAUGAAAGGCUAUUAAUAUCAGAUUAUGCCUUGACUAUACCAGAAGGAAUUGGUCGGCAAUUGAAUGGAUCGUAAGGAAUGAAUACAUAUUUUAUUUUUUUGUUUCCUUUAAGAAUUUUCUUUCAAAAUUACAUGGCUGAUCUUAAUUCUGUCAACUUAGGAACGAUUGUGGUGUUUGGGUAGCUCAAUGGAUGUCGGAAUGCAUUUGGACCAACAAUUAUAGCAAUGUUUCUGUCACACCUGAAACGAGAAUGCGUUUGGCCAUUGAUCUAGUUUUGGGUUCCUAUAAUGAAUUGAGGGAUGAAGUUGUUCAAAAUGCUUCCAAGAAUUGGAUGGAACUUGUGUCAAACAGGAAGAAGCUUGUUCAAGCUUAGCCUAGAAUUUGGUGUUUUUCCAGAGAUUAAGUAGUUUAUUUCAUUGCAGUAGAUAGAAACCUAAUGUCUGGAUUUGAACCUUCAAUGUUUUUUAUUCCGAUUAAGUUUUUCUGUCUUGAUAUGGUAUUGCAUGUGCAACUUAGUUUGAAA